AUGGACAAGUAUAACUUGCCGCCUUUUAAGUGUGCUUUACUGCCACCAGAUGAAGCCAGAGAUAAAUGGUUAGAGUGGAAACAGGGGUUCCGAUAUGUAGCACUUGCUUCGGGUGAAACUAAUAAAACAAAGCUAAGAAAUCAGUUGAUGGCUCUGGGAGGCUUUGAGCUCCAACGGAUAUUCCAUGGUCUUCCCGGGGCACGAGUAGAAGAAGAUGAUGACGGUGAUAUUGAUCCAUAUGCGGUAGCAAUCGAGAAGCUUGAUGAAUAUUUUGCUCCUAAGAGACAUGAUGCAUUUGAACGUAACGUUUUCUGGUCAAUGAAAUUGGGUCAAGAUGAGUCACUAGUUAAAUUUCUGAUGAGAAUACAAGAGCAGGCAACAAAGUGCAAUUUUGGGAGUAGUGAUGCUAAAAGCCGUGCAGCUGGUAUCAUUGACAAAAUGAUGCUCGCAGCUCCAGACGAAUUAAGAGAGAAACUUUUGGCCAGACCGAAGUUAUCUCUUGAUACUUUGAUUAAAAUGGUGAAAUCUUACCAAUCUGUAAAAAACCAAGCAAAGCAAAUGGUAUUAAGUACUGAAGGUCCCGGAAAUAACGGUAAUAACGUGAAUAAGAUCCAAUGGGGUUCAAAGAACAAAAUUGAUGGGAAAGAUGCGAAACAGGGCGUUUUUCAAAGAUGUAUUCGAUGUGGUUUAUACCAUGAUAUUUCCAAGAGACAAGACUGUCCGUCUUUUAGCAAAGAAUGCCACAAAUGCCAUAAGAUGAAUCAUUUUUCAAAGGAAUGUAGGAGCAGAGAAAUCUUAAAAAGGAAAAAUGAAGAUCCUAUUAAGAGCACAGUAGAAGACUCUAAGAAAAGACGCGUCAGAGUAAUAGAAGAUGAGGACUCAAAAGUAGCGAAGAAAGAUGGAGAAGACGCCUUCAUUUUUAAUAUAGGUGAUGGCGAUGAAUAUGUAUGGUGUAAGAUUGGUGGAGUUCUCGUAGAAAUGCUUAUUGAUUCAGGUUCUACACACAAUGUUAUUGACGAAAAGACAUGGCUGUACAUGAAGAAGAGUGGAUUGGAAGUGAUAAAUUCAACCACAGAGUGCAAAGAAAAGCUCAAGGCGUAUGGGCAAAAUUCAUAUUUACAGAUUGUUGGUCAGUUUGAAGCUGUUGUGAUGAUUGAAGAUAAUGGAAAAGAUUAUAAAACGUCCGCAAAGUUCUUUGUGGUUAAAAAUGGAUCACAACCAUUGUUGGGGAAGAUCACUGCAACGAUUUUGGGAGUGUUGAUUGUUGGGCUACCUAGCACACGCAAGUCACAGAUAAACUCAACGUCAGCGGAAAGGGUAAUAACACCUUUUCCAAGAAUUAAAGGUGUAAAACUAGUUAUACCCAUUGAUGAGUCUGUGCCACCUGUCAGCCAACAUCCACGACGUCCACCCAUUGCUUUGCAACGUAAGGUAGAAGAGAAAUUAAACGAACUUUUGAGGUUGGACAUUAUUGAAGAAGCUGUAGGUCACAGUUUGUGGGUAUCACCUGUUGUUGUCGUACCCAAAGGAGUUGAUGACAUUCGUCUAUGCAUAGACAUGAGAUUGGCUAAUAAGGCCAUCAAGAGGGAGCAUUAUAUGAUGCCAAGUUUUGACGAUUUUCUGCCCCAUUUGACUGCAGCCAGAGUCUUUUCACGCAUCGAUAUAAGAAAUGCGUAUCAUCAAGUUGAGUUGGAUGAGAAGUGCCGAUAUAUCACUACAUUUAUCACGCACAAGGGAGUAUUUCGUUACAAAAGACUAAUGUUUGGCAUUUCCUGUGCACCUGAAAUGUUCCAAAGAAUCAUGGAGCAGAUGCUUGCCAAAUGUUCAAAUACACUGAUCUAUAUUGAUGAUGUAGUCGUUUUCGGCAAGAAUGAAGAAGAGCAUGAUCAUGUCCUACGGCAAGUGUUGGAUACAUUGCGGAAGCGUGAUGUAUUACUUAAUCGAGAAAAAUGUAUCUUCAAGGUUCCGGAGAUAGUAUUUUUGGGGCACCGAAUUUCAGGAAAGGGCAUAAAACCAGCAGAAGACAAGAUUUCAUCGAUCAAGUCGCUCAGGGAACCCCAAACAAGAGAGGAAUUGAGAAGUUUUCUGGGGUUGGUGAACUAUGUGGGUCGCUUUAUAAAAGAUUGUGCAACAGUGACAGAUCCACUUCGACAACUGAUUCAUCAGGGUGUAGAUUUCCUAUGGGAAGAAAAACAUCGUAAAGCAUUCGAGACUUUGAAAGACAUGAUAUCAACCCCUGAGACUUUGAGUUAUUUUGAUAACGGAAGACGUACACGAAUUAUUGCUGACGCCUCACCUGUCGGAAUUGGGGCUGUAUUAGUCCAGUUUGAUGGAGAUAACACCACACCACAGGUCAUUGCUUAUGUCAGCAAGAGUCUGUCUAAAACGGAACAGAGGUAUUGUCAAACAGAAAGGGAGGCAUUGGCAUUGGUGUGGGCUGUGGAAAAGUUUUCUAUUUAUCUCAUUGGACGCGAAUUCGAGUUGGAAACAGAUCAUAAACCUUUGGAAAUAAUUUUUAAACCACAGUCACGCCCAUGCGCUAGAAUUGAAAGGUGGGUCCUCCGACUUCAGUCUUUCCGAUUUAGAGUCAUAUACAAGAAAGGAUCACUUAAUGUGGCUGAUUCUUUGUCACGAUUGGUCACUAGUGAGAUUCAGGAGACAUUUGACGUGGAGGAUGACAACAUGGUCAGAUCAAUCGUGGAGUCUGCAGCUGUUGAUGUGACGGAAAUCGAAGAAGCUUCAGCUUUGGACCCGGAAUUUGGCAAAUUGCGUGAAUCUGUAAUGACAGGUAGAUGGACAGAGGAAGUCAAAGCAUACCAACCAUUUAGGGAUGAACUAACCGUGACAGGGAAUAUUCUCAUUAGGGGAAAUAAGUUGGUGGUUCCUGGAAAGAUUCGUUCUCGGAUGUUGAAUCUGGCCCAUGAAGGCCAUCCUGGCGAGUCAGCAAUGAAGAGACGGUUAAGGGAUCGAGUGUGGUGGCCAGGACUUGAUAACGAUGUCACUAAAUUUGUAAAAGUUUGUGAAGGGUGCAGCUUGGUUACAACUCCCAACAGACCAGAAGAGCAAUUGUGA